CGUCCCAGGGAUGUACCUCCCCCACAUUUGCAACCUCCGCCCCCACCACCAAAACCACCAACACCAACUAAAAGUCCAGAGGUACCUAAGCUGAGCUCCCAGGCACAGUUCUACAUGGAUGGGGUGUGUCUGUCUGAGGUGGGGUUGCACCAGAUCAAGUCAUUAACACUGGAACAGCAGCAACAGUCACGCAAGAAGCGGAUCACCAAGAAGAUACCUACCAAAGCUGAUAAAGAGGCUGGCAUCUUGGCUACCAUCGAGUCUGUUGUUGCUGGAGGCAGUCUGGAUAGCUCAUUAGAACAUGAUCCUAUCUCAAAACUUGAAUUGGAUGAGGCCAAGGAGGAUGUAAAAAUGGAGCCAGUGGAAGUGUACAAGGAGGGGAUGAUUGUGCCUCCACGGGAGGAUGGACGUCCCCCAGAACCUCCAGAAGGUUUCACAAUUCAUACAACAGAAAGUGGGGUCAUGGUCUUGCGGAGGAAGAGGCAGAGAAAUCUGCAGAAACUGGGGAUUGGAGGAUUCAAUGCCCGGCUGCGUAAUACUCGCAACAAGGAGAAAGAUGAAGAAGGUGGCGGUGAGGUUGUGUCUGGAGCAGUAACACCUACCUCAACAGGACCGACAAGCACAAAUAAUGUGGAAGGAGGUUCAGCCCCUGAAGACAAGCCCCGUCGCAAAGCGCAACGCAGGAGACCCAAGAACAGACUCAUGGAGAGCUAUCCCUCGUACCUUCAGGAGGCAUUUUUUGGUCGAGAUUUACUGGACACAACAAAGGAAAAGGAUAAGGGUAGUAGCAGUGACUCCGACGAAGAGCGCGCAUCACCACUGCAAGUGAGUGAAGACAAGAUCAUACAGCUGUCACAGGAUGAGCUGAAAGUGAUGGAAGAAGUGAAAGCAAAGCAAGAGAAGGAAGUUGACAGAGACGAGAAGAAGGUUGAAGAAAGUGAGUCUGCUUGUGUUUCUCUGAAAUCUCCAGGAAAGGAGGAGGAUGAUGGAAGUGACACGGAGGGUCUGAAGGAUAUAUUACCUGGUGAUCUGCUGGAUACAGAUCUAGUCAACACUAUUAUGAAUGAGGAUGAUGAUAUCACGAAAAGUGAGGACAAUCUGGAUGAUAUUGGAGAUGCAGCUGUGGCAGAUGAUUCAUUGAAUGAUUCCCUGUCAAUGCCUGAUGGAUCUGCAGAUGUAUCUGGCACAAGUCAUAAAGAUGAGCUUGCUGACAUUCUUAGUCCAAAUUUCAAUCUGGAGUCCAUGGUUAGUCAGACAGGACUGCCGAACAUGGAUAGUAAGGAUGUGGAGGAGAUCUUCAAAGGCGUUCUGACAGAUGAGUCUCAAGAGUCUCAGGAAUCUGUUUUUCCAUUGGCUGCAGUUGGAACUGGCACAAGCACCCCAGUCCAUGUGUCUGUCCCGCAGUCUGCUGGUAUGGUCUCUCCAUCAGGCAAUGUCACUCAUUCAGCUUUGCAGUCAGGCCUCACGCGGUCUCUUCCUCCAGUUGGUCAGCCAAACUUGUCACCAGUCAGCUUCCCACCACCAUCACCUUACCAUUCUGAAUACAGCAAUAGCCCAUUCUCAGAACCAGCAAGUCCUUGGUUGUCUCAGGCAGAUGUUGAGGGUAUUGCAGAGGGUGGUUCUGCGUCUACACCUGCAUCAUCUGUGAAUCGGCAGAGCACCCUGAAGAUGGAAGCAGAUGAAGCGCUAGGAAGUGGUGCAACUAUAUCAUCAGUGUUAUAUGCUAAUGUAAACCAUCCGGAGUGGAAGAAGGAAUUUCCUGCCUGGAGUGACCGCUAUAAGCAGAUUUUGAAGAAGUGGCGUGCCCUGCCAUCAGAUCGUAAAGCUCCAUUCCUGCAGCAAGCAAGAGAGAACCGAGCGGCUCUGAGGAUGAAAAAGGCGCAGCAGAUCCCCAAGGAUAUCACAAAGCCCUCAGUUGGCUCCAUCAGCCCCCAGUCGACUCCGUCGACAAGUGGGGUGACUGGCGUCAUCGGGGGUUCUCCACAGCUACCCACAAAAGCAGGAGGAGCAGGAGGUGGUGGAGAGACAGGAGGCGCUGCAGUGACUUCCGUCAGUUUGGCUCAACAGAAGAAUGGUGCUGGUGAUAGUGGAGGAGGCAGUGGAUCUCCUUCGUCAAAUGUAGUAGAGGACCAGGAGAAGAUCUUGCAGCAACAGAAGACUUGUCGGGAGGCAGAGCAAGAGCGGCAGUGGAAGCAGCUUCAGGCCCUGCGCCAGCAGCAGGCCCAGCAGCAGCAGCAGACCAUCCAUGACCAGAGGGCACAAGCCAUGGCUCGUGUUCAUCGCCAGAUGAGUGCUGAUGGAGUACCGUUUUCUGCUGACCAACCUGCGUCAUCUCUUACAACUCAGUUACAAGUUUCAACUGCACAGGAUCCGAACACAAUGGCGCCUCUAUCUUCUCCAUCGCCAGGGUCGCGAGCACAGUUCCCAGCUCCUCAGGUCAAGGUGGCCCGAGUUCAUACUCCACAGAGCCCUGGCAGUACAGGCCCAUUUCCACACACUAACCUCCCUCCUCCCUUACCCCCACCCCAUCCCACAGGGCGCCCAGAGAUGUUAGCACCUACGCGUCCAACUAUGCUGACUCUUCCCCGUGGAGCUCCCACAGCUGUUGUUCGUACACCAGAACCAUUCACUGCAGCACGUCUCCCAUUUUCAGCUGGAUCCCAGCCCCCUUCUCCAUUUUCUCCUCAGUCACCUCAUGAGCAGUUUCCUGUCUCAUCUGGAACACCCACCACUCCCCAAGCUGCUGCGCUCCAGGCAGAUCAUUUUCAGCAUACUCCGUCUGAAACACCACCGUCAGAUCCUUAUGGACAGCCACCGCACACACCAAGGCCUGAGUUUAUUAGCAGCGGGCCCCAGCCUCAGAGAAGUCCUGUAUAUGUGUCUACUGCACGCCCCAGUUCAGACGCAUAUGCACAGUCUCCAGCCACCCCUAGACCUGGGGGCACCAGACCAACCCCUCAAGUUGUAUAUGCACCUGUUAGAAUCCAACAGCAGCAAGAUCCAUACACAUCGCAGCCACCAACUCCUCGCCCUGCCCAGAUCGACCCCUAUGUGCAGCAGAUUCCAACUCCGCGACCUCAGGAUCCUUAUGCAAACCAGCCACCUACACCAAGACCUCAGCAAGUUGACCUUUAUGCCCAGCAGCCUGCAGUGCCAAGAUCUAGAACAGAAGGUGAAACAUUUAGUCAGCAACAGCCGCAGCAAGGUCCUGAGGUGAACAGGCAGCUUCGAGAUCUGUUGCAGAGGCAGCAGCAGAUCAAGAAACUGGAGCAAGAUCAGGUUGUACAGAGCCAGCCCAGACUAUGGAGCCAGCAGGACGGCCAGGAUGGGGGGAUCCACCAGCAGGCCUCUGCAGUUUCCCAGACAGCUGUUCACUUUGAAUCUCCAGGAGGCGGACCAGUAGUCCAGCAACAGGCCCCAACAUCACCACAUCCUGUCACUGCAACAAAUACAGAUGGUACCUUCCGUCAGCCAUUGCCGCCUGCCCUGGCAAGGCCGAGACUUCCAUCCCAAAGCAAUGUUGUGAUUCGUAGCCCAGUAGGGGUUAGGCACCCACUGCAAGGGUUAGAUCCACGUCUUCAGGGUAUGGACCCUCGCACAAGGUUGUUGAUACAGCAGCAGCGAGGGGCCAUAGGCAGUGUACAGGGAUAUCCUGCGCACAUUGUACAUAGGUUGGCUGGUCCGCGCAAUCCUCUUGAUCCCUAUGACCAUUUGGUUCAGCAGCGACAACAGCUGGGUUUUGCACAAGACAGUUCGGCAACUCAAGGAGUGCUAACACCAAAUGCAACGGUUCUGACCACUCAGCGUCUGGUGAGGCAGGCCACUACAGUAGAAGGGGGGCAUGCGAGUCAGCUGGGAGUUCAGAUGAGGCUAACCAGGGUUACUUCCCAGCCAGGGCAUUCUCUGGACCGAGCUGCAUUGAGCCAGACAGCAGCAGGCCCAGGCCAAAUGACUGUUCCAUCACCCGUAUCCUGCCCUGCUGCUGUGGCAGCAGUAGCUGCUUCAGCUGCCGAUGCACAGGAGAUUCCUGAGAGCGUCACAGCUGAACUAGAAAAGCUGGAGCAGGAGGGUGGAGCCAUGGUUGAAGUAGAAGGUGUGGGUGCCAUUUUAGCAGAACUUGGGGACGACAAAGAGCUGCUUGAGAUGGGCAAUGACUUCAAUAUCUUGGAGUAUGCGGACCCAGAACUCGACACGGUCACUGGUGGGGAGAAGACAAACAUAUUGGAUGAGAACUUGGACUUGGAAGAAGAGGAUAGCAGCAAGGAAGAUCACAAAGGAGUAAAAAAGGAGCUCCCAGAUAAGGACAGCAGUGGAAGCAGCAGACCUAAUAAGCCAGAUGAAUCCAUUGAAGCUGGCAGAAUUUCGUCUGCUGCGACAGAUAUGAAGGAUGAUACACGCAGUGGUGCUGUACCUGCACCACCCACCACUGUUGGUGCCGAUACUGCUGUGGCUGCAUCCCCUGUGACAUCACAGCCUGCCACAACACCACAGCCACAAGAUGUACAGCAGCCUCAGACCCAGACGCCUGUGUCAUCUCUGCCCCAACAGUCUACAGUUGGUAGGCCUGUGUCUGGAAAAAUCGUUUCUCCAGACGGUGGAGUUACAGUGAGCUUCCAGAACACAUUCCCUCCAGCUGUUUCAAGUCCAGCUGUUGUCCAGACUGGGACGCCACAUCUCCAUCGCUUGCCUCCAGGGCACCUGCAAGUUCAGCAGCAGCGUGUCCAAAUGCGGAUGGUUCCAGCUGGUGUUCGAGAGGUCCCUGCAAGAGUGGUGUCUGUAGUUCCGGGAGGUCCAGUCAUACAGCAUGCAGGGGUUGGAGUCAGUAGGAUGGGUCUGGCUCCUCCACCCCCACCCCCAUAUCCUGGACCCCCACCACCAUAUCCUGGUCCUUGCCAGCAGUCUCCAUUACAGGAGCAGCCACUCUUGCUGGAAGACUUGCUUGAACAGGAAAAACGGGAGCAAGAGAAGCAACACCAACAUCAGCCUUUGCUUUCCCAGCAGUCGCAGCCACCACCAGAUUCAGCAUCGCCACCCUUGCUCAGUGAUGUUGACUUUGAGCGACUUAGAGCCGAUGUGUUAGGUACCCCAACCCCCACUGGUGGCUCCCCAGGACUUGGCUCGCCACCUCAAGGAAUUCCAGCCCAAGGUCUCUUGCCCGGCCCAAACAUCGUGCCAGUUGUUGGAUCAAAUUUAAGGCCCCCAUACCCCCCUCGGCCUGCACCGCAGCCACAGUCGAAGUUGAUAGAAUGGCAGGCAGGGCCCUCUGCUGGGCUGGACUCCAAAUUGGGACCCAGUGGGAUCUUGGUCCGUCAGCAGUCUGCAGCACCGGCAGUUCAGGGAGAAGCUACUGCUGGUCGAGUGCCUCUGUUCAAUGCCCCUCUCUUGCCAGCACCUCCUUUGCCCCCAGAGAACAUCAUGACAGAGCAGGAUCGACAAACACAAAUGCAUUAUGAGCAGUGGCUGAAUCAUCAGAACCAGAUAGUUACAUCACAACUGAAGUAUUACGAGACGGAAGUGAGCAAGUUACGUAAGAUUCGCAAGUCCCUGAACAGCAAACAGCGUCAGCUGCGUAAAUCUGGGAAUGAGCUCACAGACACUGAUGCCCUGGAGUUGCAGAGAAUCUCUGGUGAACAGGCGGUGCUUCAGAAGCAGCUCGAUGCUAGUCGGAAGCAGAGUCGGCAACACGGCAUGUUGAUACAGGAGUACCGCAACAAACAGCAACAGAAACAGCGCCAGCAACAAGGUCCUGGAAGUGUUGGCCCUCCAGGCCUCCUGAUAGGUCCACCUGGUCUUGGUUCAAGUGCUCCACAACAGCAGCCAUUAGUUAUUCACUCGCCUCUUGGACCUCCCUCCUCUUCGCCUGUUCACCACCCUUCUGCCCCUCAGUCACCCAUGAUGUCACCAUCUCCUUCUCCCAUGAUGCAACAGCAUUCAUCACCGCUUCACAGCCCAGGACCUCUCCUGUCACACAGCCCAGGACCAGGAUCCAUGUUGCAACAUAGUCCAGGCAACACAGGGCCUAGUAGCAGCAGCUGUAUGUCUCCACACAGCUUGCAGGCUUCCCCUCGAAUGGGCACACCACACUCACAGAGCGAGGAAAGUCCAUUCAGUCCAGGCACACCCCAGGAGUUGCUGCGUUCUCUCCCCUCUCCGCAGCAAGUGUGUCCACCUCCUGCAGGCCGGCUCACCUCACCUCAAGGCCUCGGUGCUCCACGUAUGACCUCACCUCAACAUCGGAUGGGAGUUUCCACACCGCAGGGCAUGGGACGUCGAGUUACAAGUCCUGUUUCUUACACAGGAGAUCAUAGAGCCAGCCAGCAACAGUUCUCAGGCGGAGAACAAAUUAGGAUCCAUGGUGUGCUUCCACGAUUUGUUCGCUCUCCAAUGGGAGGAAAUUCUGAGCCAGGUCUUCAACGAACUCGUGGUCUGCCUAUUCAAGGACCAGGACAGACUGGACCAAGUGGUGUUAUGUACUCUCAGCCAUCUUCUACUCAGAAUCUGAGAGCUGGUGUUGUAUACUCAAGUUCUGCUUCCCCUUCUCCUCUGGGCAGUCCGCAGCCCAUCAUGUCAAAUGUUGUGGGUCAGCAGCAGUUUCAACAAACUCCAUCACAAGCUGGACAGAUCCAGCAAGCAAGUGUGUCUGCUCAGAUGGUUGUGCGGCAGAUUCAGCAGGUGUCCCCGCCACAAGAUCAAGAUGCAAAUCUUCUGCUAGCUCAGAGGCAGCAGCAGCAGUUGGUCCAGCAGCGACAGAUCAUCCAGCAGCAGCAGCAGAGACAGCAGAUACUGCAGCAUCAGCAAUUGGCACAACAAAGACAACAACAACAACAGAAUCAACCACCAACCUCUCCAAUGACACCAAGGAGUCCAAUGGUUGGUCAGAACCAACCCCCAAGCUCUCCAAUGGUUCAUCAAUCUAAUGCAAAUGCUCACCCAAGUUCCCCAAUGCCUCCCAGAAGUCCCAUGGUUCAGUCAUUGAAUCAGAGUCAAACACCCAGUUCCCCAAUGCUUUCUCAGAUGAACCAAACUCAGCCACCAAGUUCACCGAUGCCACCAUGCAGUCCAGUGCUUCAGCAGCAGUAUCAGAUGAGCCAGAAUCAGCCACCAAGUUCGCCAGUCCUUCGGAGUCCCAUGGUCCAGUAUCCACACUCGGUUGGUUCACCAAUGCAGAUGAGGCAGCCUUCAAGCACAGGAAGUGUCAGUAACAGUCCAGUGUUGCCAGAUAGGCCACAGAGUGUUGAGAAUCCCUCAACACCACGAACACCUCACACUCCACACACGCCUUACACACCUCAGAGUAACCAGCCUGGAGGGGAGUCCAGUCAGGAUAAUGACGCUGUUGGAGGUGGUGGUGGUGGUGGUGGUGGAAAUCCAAAUAAUCCAGCAAAUCCCAUACCAUUGCCAGCAAUGUUUGGAAGGUUUGGAUACUUUAAGCUUGGACUUCGGGGUGGAUCACCCAUCUGGUCUGUUGGGGCUGGCUUUGCAAGGGGAGGAAGGCAUGGUGGCUCUAAAUCUAAUGAUGAAAGCAGGAACAGCGGUGGGCACCACCGAGAGAAAGAUGCGGGAGAAGGCUCAACUGGGCCAAAAGGUGAGCAUCAGACAGAAAGUACAAAUACUCGGCCAUCUUGCAGUUCUGCCAGAGAGACCAGAGGUGCCGUCAUGACACCAGGCAAGACUGUUGCAGUUGUAUCCAAGGUAGCAUCUCUUGUAUGUGUUGAUUACAAUGAUUUUGACGAUGAGAAUUCUCAUACUCCACCUCUGACGCCUCCUCCUCAAGAUGAUAGGGUGUGUGUACCUUCAAGUUCAUCAGCUGUUGAUGACAAGAAAGAAAACCUGUCAGAUGUAGUUAAAAGCAUAUGUGAACAAGAUGUACCCUGCAGUGAAAAAUCAGAUGCAUCACCAGGUGACAAACCUGAAGUCCAAGCUGAAAUAGAAAUAGAAAGCAGUAAUAGUACCAGAGAACUGGUCGAAGAAAAAUGCAGUGAAGAGAUAGAGGUUGCAGUCAUAUCGCAGGAGGAUAUUUUGGAUUCCUCAGAGUUACCAGUUGGAUCUGUAGGAAUAGAGGAAACAGACUGUGACAAUGUUGUCGUUUUUGAACAUCUGUCUGAAAGCGAUCUUGCCCAAGUUUCCAGCUCAAUAGACACGGAUAUAAUCGAGGAAUGUAUUGUAACAUCCUCUGACAUUGUCAUGGACAUCUCAGUAGUUGAUGCUAUGGAAGGCUGUGAUAAACUGACGUCCUGCAUUCAGAAGGACGAUGAUGAAGUCCUCCAUCUGGUUGAUGAGGAAACUAAAGCAGAAACAGGGAACAUGAUGGAAACAGGUGAUGUACAUGAUGGACUCGAAAGAAUUGAACUUGCUGGAGGAAGCGAUGAUCUUCCGAAUAUGGAUAUGGACGUCAUGCAUAUCCUGGACACAAGGGUGACGGGAGUGCUGGAUAGAGACCCAGUCCUGGACAUGCCUGAAGGAUGCAGGGAAAUUCAUGCAAUGAGUGAGAGACUAAGGAUAGGUAUUGUUCGAAGUCUUGGUCCUCUUGAGCAGGAGAAGAUUGUUGCAAUCACAGAUACACCAGAAUCUCCAGAUCAAGAAGAAAUGAAUGUAGAUCCAUCACCAGAGCCAUAUCUGCCAACACCUGACACAAUUAAAGAUGAUGAAGAUGAUAUGAUGCCUAUGAUACCUGAUGAUACAGAUAUGAUGGAACUGGAUGAGGCGAGUAGAACUGAAAUGGAGAAUGACAGCAGUCGAACUGAAGCACUUGAAAUGAAUGUUACCAGUAGUGCUGAAUUGCCUGUGACAUGCAGUGUCGUCAGCUGCCAAGCUAACAUGGAUGCACUCGAGGACAGUUCAAGGCAAGUUGGCUCUUGUGAAGAGGCUGUGAAACCAGACCUUCCAUUUGAUUUGCCGCCAGUGACACAACUUCCACCUUCAAGUGUCCAUCAAGCAAACAUUGGGAUACCUGGUUCCGCAAGAGCAGUUGUUGCCUAUCCUACAUUCCCAAGCCAGCCAGCUUACGCCAGAGACCUGCAUCUCUUGACUGAAGAACAGUCCACUGCUAGCGAGACAACUGGAACCGUGAUAACUUCUGGAGUCACAAGACAAGUUACAUCUGUUGUCUCUUCAGUGGUGUCAGUUCCACGUAUCAUGUCAUUUGCUCUUGAUUCAGAGUUCACAUCCUCAGAGGGAAUUUCACGUGUGGAAGCAUCCCCAGUAACUGCAGCUGAAGAGAAAUUUCAGGAAACUGCAACCAUAUUGUCUGCUGUUGUGACCCAGGGUGCAGAGGUCAAAGGAACAACAGCAGCUGGGUUAAUUGUAUCAGAAUGUUCAGCAGCAGCUGGCCCCAUGCAGCACAAUGUAAUUGGAGCUCCACCUACUUUUUCUAUAAUUAAAUCUUCAUCACCUCAGAGGACAUCAAUUCUCCAGGGUGCUGCUGGAAGCUCAGCUCUACCAGUUUGCAUAAUCAGGUCACAGAGUGGUGACAUUUCGACUACAAUGUCUAUUAUCAGUAAUGCAAUUGCUUCAACUGUAACUAGUUCUCAUCUGACUUCAGCUGCAGUGGCAAAUCUGGUUGCAGAUGCAGUGAAUGCUGCACGUUUGCCAUACCCACCAGCUUCAGUUGGGCAGCAGUUGUUCCCUACAACUGCAGGUGUGAUGCCUCUAAUGACUGUAUCACCGGCUGGUGUUAGUGUGAUAGCAAGUGCAGGAGGUGGAAAUGCAGCUGCUGCAUCUUUGGUUCCGCCACCCAGAAUGUCUACUGUUCCAGUCACAAGUUCCCUUUUUGUUCCUGUCACUGUUGAAACAAAUUCUUCCAGUAUUCCCGUAAUGGACAUUAAUAAGUCAUCUCAUGAGAAUCAGAACUGUGGAGUUGAGAAAUCAUCACAUGGCACCAUCCAAGCAAAAGUUAAGGGAAAAGGUGUUGAUAUUACCUCAAGUAAAUAUUCAGCUUCAGAAACAACAGAUUUUCAGAAACAAGGUACAGGAAUGUUGGAUGGCACCUCAUGUAAACUGUCUCAGAUAACUAGAGCGAGUGCGAUGGGAACCACAAGCCAAAAUUUGAUAAAUGAACCACCAUUACAACCGCUGGAAGCUGAACUCUCCUCUAUGCCAGUGAUUCGGAAGCCUCUUGAUGAUGAUGACGAUGAUGAAAUACUGAUGAAAACAGUGCAGCUAAUUUUUCAAGAUACGAGACCUAGUGUGCUUGCGACGGUAGAACAGCAAGAAGGCAGUAGUCCUUGGCAGCACAGCAGCAAACCAGUCACGUCAGUCAUCGUGAGUGAAGGUGGGUCUUCAUCCGAAAGACAGCAGUGCCAUGCAGUGUCUGAGCAUAAGAAGGAAUUUCCCACAGCUUCAUCUAUUCAGUAUUCAUUACCACCAAGCAAACCAUACCCUUUGCCUUUGUCAUCAAACUUGGUUACAGAACCUAAUCAGAGUGAACAAUCAAGUCUGCGUUGUGAUGACAGUGAUAAGUCUUCAAAAAUCCAAAUGCAAACCAGUGCAACAGAUUCACAGAAUAGGUUGUCUGCUUCACAAAUACAACAUAGUACAAAUUUGAAACUGCCAUUAGAGGCAGUUGAUUCAGCUGUCCCCAGCCGAACACUUACUGUUGAUGCAGAUGCGCCAGUAACAUCAGCAGUAUUCAGUCAACCACCUCAGAGUACAUUUGCAACGCCUGCCACUGAUACAGGGAUGAAGCCUCUUGCAGAAACGACAUCUUCUGGUGCAGCAUUGUGUGGCCAGUCUAUGUUGGAGAACAGACUAACAAGUGGACCUCAGCGACCUGAGGCUCCGAAGAGAAUUCUAGGUUCUCACACGGUGGGAAAAAUUGCAGCAGCACCUGUCCAUGUGUCGGCAGUUAGCCCGUCUGUUGUCACAACUCCUAGGAUUUCACCGCCAAGUAGCAGAUUCUCAUCUGUUGUGUCUGCAGGGCAAUCUGUGAGGCAGCAUGCGACCUACACACAGCAGCAAGCAGCAUCAGUAACGUCUCCUGUUGUAAAGAGCCAGUCUCCACAGCUGAUGGCACUGUCUGCCGCCCAACUGCCACCACAAGACAGUGGGAAUGUCCAAGCACCAUCAGUGCUAGCAGAACAGUUUGCACAGAGCAGGUUAGAAACGUUGCCAGUCCAGUCUGUGGGCAGUAGUGUUCUGGCAUCAACACUGCUGCAGUCACAGUCAUCAGGAGUCCAACAUGCUACAACAUAUGGAGGAAUUGGCAGAACUGAUGCAGCACACAUUCAAACGCAGGAACCAGUAGUAACAUCAGUUUCAGGGAGACUUGGUGCAGAUGUAAUUCUGUCAGUUUCCAGUGAAUCCGCAACAGGUUCUAGGGAGAGUGGGACUGUGGAUACUUCAAAAUGUACAACACAGGGGUAUCCAUAUGCAAGUUCUGCACCACCAAGAAUUCAGUCAUCUUGUGUGUUUUCCACGGUCAUGCAGCCUCAGAGAAGAAUGAGUACUGGCGAAAUUAAGGUAGAGGAGCCAGUAAGAUCAUGCCAGUUUCAGCAUUUAGCAGCAACAGUUAAGACUGAAACCUUGGAUUCAUGUCUGUUUAAGGAUACACCAGUUCCUGCCGCAUGUUUUGUGAUGCAACAGCAGCAUCAGUCUAGUUCUGUUGUUACAGCAGUUUCGAAACCUCUUGCAACUUCAUCCAUAAUUGUUUCUCAGUCAUCAGUUGCUUCUUUAGUACCAAAGAAUGAGAUACAGCAUUUGGUCAGCAGCUGUAAAUUUGCAUCAACAACACAAGCAGUGUUGCAGCCUCCACAACAAGCCCCGAUACUGUCAUUACCACACAGAAUAGAGGAGUCACAGAAUGUAUUAUUGAAACAGCUCCUCCAAAACACUGGCUGUGCACAGCAAACAACCAUAGCAACUCAGCACCAUAGUGCUCCCAGUUUGCCUGUGGUACCUUCGUUGGAAGCUCAACUAGCAAGACCUGUCCCACCCACACCAACCUCUCUUCUACCACCACUUCUUACAAAUGAUAGUCCUCAGUCACAACCUCCAAAGAAUGCACAGACACCACGACCAUUGCCGUUAACACGUGAAACAUCCUUUGUUUCACGACCCCCUCCACAAGUUGCUGCUUCUCCAUCCAUCUCUGUUGUGUGCCAGGUACAGCAAACUGCUAUCAAUGACAGGAGACUGGGUCCUCCAAGCCGCACACCAAGUAGGGAGGACCUCCUUUCUCCUCCCACUCCAACAACCCCAAGGUCCUGUGCUAGUGGAGCUGACUCUAACCUCCACACACCUUCCCCUUUAACAUCGCCCAAUGGUGUGACGGUAAAGAAAGAAAUUGCUCCUCCACAGCAAAGUCCAGUACUUCCCAUGCCAUCUGGUGAUGUGAAGAAGGAGAUUGUAUCUGAUGAUUCAUCAGUGCAGUUGCCAAGUGAGAAGAAAGAAUUUCAUGCCAAGACAGAGCUCCCGUCAAGGGAUGAGACUGGUGAUAUGGGAAUGGAAACAGCCUGUGACAAGACAACACAGGAUCAGGCAGCUUUGGAUAUAAAGAAAAUUAAAAGACGCUUGUACCAACAAAAGAGACGACAGAGCCAAGGAAAAGAGCCUGCUGCCAGCGGAGGAACACCCAAGAAGCAACGCAUUCGGAAGGUCAGUGGUUCCAAAGUGGAUGAAGAUUAUGACACAUACAUUGAGAAUCUGAUGGCGCAGUUACGGCAGCUUCAACCUAUGAGUGUCUUGGAGCCAGCUUUGUCAAGAAAUUAUGCAGUUUGCUCCAUCUUUGGUUCUGGUGAUUUGGCCAAAAUUGGUAUGACACGGGAUUACUCAACACGGCAGGGUGACCUGAAGGGUACAUUUGGUGGCGCUUAUCUGGCACAUGUGUCAGAUCACUACAACACGCAGCCAUUUGGCGAUCUCCCUCCACUACCACCACAUCCCCCAGUUUCCACUCAGAGAGGUUUUUAUGAUCAGGAGUUUGCAGCACUGAAACUUGAAAAUGACGAUGAUAAAAAACCGGAUGGACAAUCCAUUGGGAACCGCGAUCGAGAUAAUGACACUCCUGACACAGUCAUCAGUUCAUCAUCACCAGAAUGUGUAAUUCCUGAAUUGCCCAUCAGAUUCCCAGGUCUGAAGCUUAUAGAAGAGGAGGACUCUGACAAGGAGGAGGAGGCAGCCAGAUGUCUCAAGCGCUCAUCCCCCGUCAUUCCCAUCAUAUCUCCAAUACCGAUUCGUCUCCGCCCAGGCAUGCAGAUUCUGAAAGAAACCAAUGAAGUGGAUAAGGAGAAUGUUGGUGUGUCACGUGACCACAUCCAGCUGAAGACACGGUUUGGCAUUUCUCCGCCUGCUCCCCUUCGUGAUGCUGGCAACGUGACAGUGACUCUGACCCUAACAUCAGCUGCUGCAGAAGAUAUCCUUGGUGUUCUCCGUAACCUGGCCAACAUUCUGAGUAUCCCAGCCCCAUCGGGAUAUCAGAUAGUGGAAAGAACUAGCACACCACCAAGUCAGAAAUUAGGGUUGUAUCGCACAAAAGGGAAAGAUGGCAAAGAGGGAGCUCCAAUUGACAUCCAGAGUAUUCUGAAUGGAGCCGCCAAGUUCUGUAGACACUGUGAUGUGGUGAUAUUGAGCAACCUGAUCCGCAAGAAGGUGUCAGAACUGCCCUUUCUAGCCAAGGAUGAUUUGGUGGAGAAUGGUGAUGAUCUUUAUUUCUGCAGCUCCACUUGCUACAUGCAGUUUGCUCUUAUGCAUCGCUGCCCCAGUAUUUCAGAAGAUAAAGCUGCUGCAAUUGUGGACCAUCUGUGUCAGACAGCGCAGUCUCCAAGCCAGCAGAAGAAGCUGCAUCCUCCAGAAAAUGCAGAGAAAACCAAAAAAGAUGAGAGCAUUAAGGAAAAGGGGAAGGAGGAAGAUGAAAAGAUGGAGGUGGAGCAGCAGGAGGAUGAGGUUAAGAUGGAUCAAGCUGUUGCAGAGAGUGACAAGUCUGCAGAACCUCAGUCCACUCCAUCACAGGCGAAGGUAGCUGAAUCUAUUAGCGUGAAAACAGAAGUACCAAUUAAACAAGAAACGGAGGCUGUGCCAGUAACAGCUGUAAUGACACCGCCAUCUUCCACCCCCCCUCGAGUAACGUCUAGCGAGAAGAAGAGCCGCCGACACACGGGGGAUGAGCCAGCCAGUGCCUCAGCUUCCCACUGUCCGCCUCCUACCAAAGUGUGGAAGGGGCUCAAGUAUAAAUACUGGACUCCAGGUGCUAUUCAGCCAGCUGUCAAGUAUAAGAAGCCUACUGACAAGGAGAUCACAGAGAUGCUGUUUCGGUUGGGAAUCACCAUGACUCCAGCCAAGAUUCCUGAAGACACACGCAAGUGCAUGUUCUGUCACCAAAUUGGUGAUGGGGUUGCCGAUGGACCUGCAAGGUUACUGAACUUUGAUGUGGACAAGUGGGUGCACCUGAACUGUGCCCUGUGGUCAGACGAUGUGUAUGAGACCGUGAACGGGGCGUUAAUGAAUCUAGAGAACUCGCUACAGCAGAGUCUUGUGCUCAACUGUGUUGUAUGCCAUCGUACAGGUGCAACCCUUCGCUGUUUCAAACUUCGCUGUUCCAAUGUGUAUCAUUUGGGCUGUGCUGUUAAAGAUGGCUGUGUUUUCUUUAAGAACAAGUCUACCUAUUGUGCUGCUCACAUCCCAAAGAAUGAGAAAGACAAUGAACUGACAACAUUGUCAGUGUUCCGACGCGUGUAUGUGAAUCGCGAUGAGAAUCGUCAGGUGGCAACUGUGAUGCACCAGGAUCAUAACAAUCUCUUACGUGUGGGCAGUCUCAUCUUUCUGAGUGUGGGUCAGCUGUUGCCUCACCAGCUUCAAGCCUUCCAUACACCCAACUAUAUUUAUCCAAUUGGAUACAAGAUUGUCCGUUUCUAUUGGAGCAUGAGGGUACCCAACAAAAGAUGUCGUUACGUUUGUUCAAUCCAUGAUGUUGCUGGUCGACCUGAAUUCCGAGUGCUAGUUCAGGAACCAUGUCAGGAUGACCUGGAACUGCGAGACACCACUCCUCGAGCUGUGUGGGCUAGAAUCCUCGAACCCCUCGCCACCCUCAGGAAGGAGAUGGAAGGCGUUCAAGUGUUCCCUCGUUACAUUUCUGGAGAGGAUCUGUUUGGCUUGACAGAGCCUGCUGUGGUCAGAGUUCUGGAGAGUCUGCCAGGAGUUGAAACCCUGACGGACUAUCGAUUCAAGUAUGGACGAAAUCCUCUGCUCGAGUUGCCGCUGGCUGUGAAUCCAACUGGCUGUGCACGAACGGAACCAAAACUGAGAAACCAGUUUCUGUGGAAGCGACCUCACACUCAAAGGACAGGUUCAUCAUCCAGACCAAUUUUUGUUCCGACAGCAACCGUGGCUGGUGAAGCAGCAUGCCCAUACUCAAAACAAUUUGUACACUCAAAGAGUUCACAGUACAAGAAAAUGAAACAGGAAUGGAGGAAUAAUGUCUAUCUUGCCAGGUCCAAAAUCCAAGGUUUGGGUCUGUACGCUGCUCGGGAUUUGGAACGUCACACAAUGGUGAUAGAAUAUAUUGGUGAGGUGAUUCGAACGGAACUCUCUGAGCUGCGGGAGAAGCUGUACGAGGCCAGAAAUCGUGGCAUUUAUAUGUUUCGACUGGAUGAAGAUCGAGUUGUGGAUGCUACUCUCUCAGGGGGACUUGCUCGAUACAUUAACCACUCAUGCAACCCAAACUGCGUGGCCGAGAUUGUAGAAGUGGAGCGAGACCUCAGGAUAAUCAUUUUUGCAAAAAGACGUAUCUCCCGUGGAGAAGAGUUGGCAUAUGACUACAAGUUUGACAUUGAAGAUGACCAACACAAGAUUCCAUGCAACUGUGGUGCACCAAACUGUAGGAAAUGGAUGAACUAAGUGGUACAGAAAUAGCAGUAACUACAUUCCCUUAAUAACUAAGUCAAGCAAUUCCUCCGAUGUGAGAAACCAUGAUUAGGUUUCGGUCUUGUAGAUUAUUUUUACACUACAAAUAGUAUAAGUGAUGAUAAAAGAAGCUUUACUGUGUACCGAUAUUAAAGCCUUAAGGCAAGAAUGGAUUUCCUAUGUAGUGUAAUUUUUAUAUUGGGCACUUUGUGUUUAUGUGCGUGCAUGUAUGCGUGUGGCUUAGUAGUGAAUGAGAAAUAUAUUCUGUAUAGAUACAUUGCAGAUAUGCUGUUGCCCUAGAAUGUAAGCACUUGUAACAGCCAUUAGUAGAAUGAGGUACAUAUAAUUAGAAUGUGACACAGUAUAUGGUAGAAGUUUACCAACGUUUUGAGGGAACAUUCUGCCCCCAUCUUCAGGGUUGAAGAGUGGAGCCAGCAAGUAGCUUGCUGGUUGCUUGCUUGGCUUAGUCUUAUUUCUACUAUGCAGAUGGAGGAAGUGCAUUUUUAAAAAAUGUGGUAAACUUCUACUGGACACAUGGUGUCACAUUCUGGAAAGUAAUAAUUUUGUAGUCAUUGCUAUAAGAAGCUCACAUCCAACAUAAAUGGAAUUGUGUGGAAGUUUUGCUUCAAGAGGGGACUGCUUAGAAAAUCAUAUUGUUUGUCAGGUCAUGAUGUGUACAUAGUUAUUCACUCUGUAAAUAAAAGAAUCCUUCUAUUCAUGGCUUUGCAGUGCUUCAUGAUCAGUUGAGCAGAAACUUAGUAUUUGUUAUGACUGCAUUGGCGUGCCUGGUUCAUAUACAUUGCAGAAAAUGUGUGUUGAUAUGUCUGUAACAUUUAAGUACCCAAGUGCUAUUGUGUCUUAAUAUUGUAAAAUGUUCUGAUGUGGAGAUGCAUGUGAAGUAGUAGCUCCGAAACAUAUGUUUUGUUGGAAGGCGACUGAACGCCAGUGGGUGGGGCAGGACACCUGAAAAUCUCUGACAAUUGACAUGCAGGUAAAUGUCUGAUAGCAUAUCUGCCUUCACUGCACUCCCUUUACUAUUACAGUGCAAGUUUUUUUUUUUGGUUUAACUGUUGGUAACACUGCUGUAUUGAGGAUGUUGCCAUUUGUUAUGAAGUUACUCUGUCCUUUUCCCUCCUAUAAUUUUAAAGAUGAAUGACACCUCAUACAUAUGUGAAAAUGAAAUAUGUGUUGAAUUGCAGUCUUUUUUUUUUUUUAAUUUGUUUCGAUUUCUGAUGCAGUCACCUGUAAACCAGGAUCUCAAGUACUUUAUGCAAGGAAGAAGGCCAGUUGGCCAGUAGUCUCCAGCCCUCAUAUUUUCUUCUGUGUUGGAACAUCAGACUCUGCAAAAUUAAAAUUGGCACCUCUUUAACACUUGUUCUCAGAAGUAAGCAGCACAGUUUUAUAUUUGGUCUGACACGCAAACUCAUCAAGAUAUAAUUACUACAUACCUCAUUACUGAAUAUCACUGUGGUUGCCUUCAAACUCCUCCCCUUGGGAAGCUGUGCACCAAUGCCAGUGCCUAGUCCUCCCUUCAAAACAAUUCUGGAACUGAUUUUGUGGAAUGGCCUUCAGAGCUGCUGUUAUUACUGUCAUCAAAAUACCUUCCUUUCAAUAUUUUCUUUAUCUUUGAGAACAGGAAAGUCAUUGGGGUCUAGAUCCGGUGAAGAGGGAGGGUGUUCAGCACAGUUACUUGUUUCCUAGCUAAAAUCUCUCUCACAGACAAUGCUGUAAUUCAAGCUCUGACAUUGUCGUGAUGGCACACCAAAACAUACUCAGACAAUAAUAGAUUGCCAUAGAUAACAAGAACACAGCUGUGGAACACUGAUAUGCCAAUGUCAUCAAACCAUAAUGAGGUGUCUGUCCGCUGCUGUCACAGCAAGCACAUCUUGGCCAGUUCGCGAGCUUUAUUGUCAGACCUCAUAUGUCCAUGUUUUCAUAAAUAUCCAACUUUAUCAUUGCAGGUGAUGUGGAAAGGAAACUAAUGUUUGAAGAUUUCUUAUGGCUGGGAAUAUUUGCAAUGAGAGAACCAUGAAGGUAUAACUGUAAGUGAAGAAUGAAACACUAGACUGCUGCACCUAUCAUUUUCCCCCCAGUAAUGUCUGUAUGAUGGUUGUUGCGGAAGAGGUGAACUUGUAACAGACCCCACAAAAAUAAGUCACAGGGAUUAAUAUCCGAGGGCUACAGUUACAUUGGUAUUUAUUGUGGAAAUUGGUGUGAUGUUACUGACAAAUUAAAAUGUUUGUACAGCUUUUCCAGCAUUUCAGUAUGCAGACAUGUAUUGUCAGUGAUGGGAGCACUUCACUGUUAAGUGGCUGUAGAGUUAUGACACUGGUUACCUUUCCUCCUAGCAAUAUUGGACCAAUAAUGACUCAGGUACUAAGCCCACACCAAAAUAUGACUUGUCAGAUGAAGAAGGCCUUCUGCUGCACAUGGAAUUUCACAUGUUCAGGUGGAAAAGUGUCCUGUACACCAUAUUAGAUCCUUUGUACAGUUAUGUUUAACAGACUUGAAAAAUUCUUUGCAAAGUGGAACCUUCCUUCAGCUCUGGCAUUGAGAGGUUGCCAUAAUUUGAUCUUGUGCUAGUAAAGAACAAGAUCCUUACAUGUUGAUAUGUGAUUUGAUCAAAGUUACCGCAUUGGAUCACAGUUAUUUACUAAUGUACUGAUAGCUGCAUUGUUAGGUAUGUUUGUUGCAAUACAGAUGUUUUGGUUGAAUAAAACUGUUCUUUUGAUAAGAGGUUUUGAAAAUAAACAUGCCCUGUUGUAGACUCUAUGCUGCUUUCUCGUGUAUUUCUGUUCUUUGGGGUGUAGUGUGCUCAUCUUAGCAUUACAAAAUUAUAUGCAUUUAGAACUAUAUUUUUGCUUUUUAAGACAUAGUAUUUGAUACUAUAUUGUAGCUACCCUCCUUCUCAGUUCCUUAGUGCACUGUUUCCACCUCAGGUGGCAUCAAACACCGUAAAGAUGUAAAGUGUAUCACAGACAAGGUGUUGCUACUGGGCAGUUCAAGAUUUCUGUUCAGUCUGAGAAGUAACGCUUUAAGGAAUACAAUUCACUGCAGUCUUUAGUUUUAUGUGCUGUAAGUUCUGUAUACAUGUAUCAUGUUAUUUGUUAAACAAAUUACAUUCAUAUAUAUACAAUAUAUAUAUAUAAAAAUAAAAAUGAAAAUUUUUAUGGUUUACCAGGCAGAGGUGUUAGUGUGGAAGAUGUUAGGAGAUGAUUUUGAAUUACACUGCAUUUAUGGUUGUGUGAGUUGGUGUGAUAAACUGAAGUUGAUAAAACUUGUUGUUGAAAGCAAGUGUCAUCAGUUUCAGUUUGUGUUGUGAAUAGCGGAAAAUGGUAGGCCUCGAUAUUGUAUUAAAAUAUGUAGAUUCAAGUUCUUUGUGGAUAUUUUCUAUUUUUAGUUAUGUGUACAUAUAUUAUAUAUAUAUUAAAUUUAAGAAAUAAAGGAAGUAUAGAAGCUAACUUGCCAAAGUAAACAUGUUUGUUAAAUGCUUGUUUAGGUGACAUGAACUUGUUCACAUCAACAGUGUACUGCGACCAGUGCAAUAUGUGUGAGGCUGGUUCAUAUGAUAUUUCACUCUUUGUGAUAAUGGUGUUUUCCAUAACUUGCCUUCAUACAAGAAUGUAAGAAACUUUAACGCAAAUCAUUGAUGAGCGUUUCAAAGGGUACUUUUAUAUUUAAACUCAUUGUUAGGUUGCAUUUAUUGUCAUAAAUGUCUGAGUAGUGAUGUUUCCUAAGUUCAAAUUCAUAACUUCUUACCCCCUUACUUAGCCCUGUAUGUUUCUUAAAUGUACUAGCUGAUCAGUCAUUACCAAAUUUUUAAUUUUUUGGAUGAUUUAUCUUCAUUUACAAGUGGCUCUUAUGUCAUAUCUACGUCACUGUCAUAAACUGCUAUAGAGGCAUUUUAGUCGUGUACAUGAGAACUAUUUAUCUUGUUUGGUUAUUUUUUUGCAGUUAUAUAUCAGAUUCUUCAGUUGUUACACAUAAAUUGAUCAUGCUAAAUGUUUCUAUGUUUUUCUUGUGAAAGUGUUGUAAUGUAGAGGUCAAUCAGUAUUUUAUUAGUUUUUCAUUGGAAGGAACUAUUGCAAACAUAUAUUACAUUGAAGAAAGCUGUCUUCUGGGAUGUGGCGCCACAUCUCAGAGGAUGGCUUUCUUCACAGUCACCGCCAUGAAAACCUCAAAUCUUAUAUAUUACAUUUUUAUCACUUUUUCAGGCAGUGUAAAAUGCUGAUAAAAGUGACAAGUUAAAAUGCUUUUAUGUUAUGAUCUCCUGUUUGCAUUAAAUGUACCCACCUGGUAAUAUUUUAAACCAAAGUCUGUCUGAUGUCUUGCAGGUUCUAGUUCUUCAUAUGUAUAUGUCAAUUUUUCACUUAAACUAUUUUGUGUUUUCAUGUAAAGUACACAUGCUUUCAUGCUUCAUUAAUUUCACAGAAGGACAAUCAAUGAAACUGUAUUAUAAAGAGCUCUUCAUAAUACAUAGCAUUAUGUUGAA